AUGGUGACGGUGAGUGGAGGCCGCCCCCGGCCGUGGCUGUCGACCCUCGAUCCGGAGCUCAGGCAGCACAUCCAGAACUGCCCGUGUCCCUGCGAUCACAUGGGCUACGGAAACUACUUGGAUUAUCAGAUUCAGCAAUGCCCUCAUGAAUAUCCAAACCGCGAAACAUCCUUCAACGUGCCUCAUUACUACAACGGCGUUCGAGAUUACUACCAUCCCUACGACUACCAGACCUCGAUCGACUCGUGCUCGUGCAGCUCGGGCUCCGAUGCGUCGAAGGCGACGUUCCGUGGGCCGUGGUGCGUGUGCCUGGUCGUCUGCAUCGUGGUGGCCACCCUGACGGCCGGGCUGGGCCUGCCGCUGGCGCUGAGCCCCCGGGAGCCGCCGCGCACGUCCGAGGAGCGCCUGGUGCUGGUCAAGAAGCUGCUGAAGGAGACGCCGCUGAUCGACGGCCACAACGACCUGCCGUGGAACCUGCGCAAGUUCACGCACAACAGGCUGUUCAAGCUGAACAUGAGCGCCAUCAGCGAGGAGGAGCCGUGGUCGACGAGCAAGUGGUCGCACACCGACAUACCGAGGCUGCGACAGGGGUUGCUCGGCGCCCAGUUCUGGUCGGCUUACGUGCCUUGUAAGGCGCAGUAUUUGGACGCGGUGCAGGUGACUUUGGAGCAAAUCGACGUUAUCAAGAGAUUGGUCGAUUAUAACGCCGAGCACUUUUCGCUGGUGAGAACCACCGAGGAAAUCAAGACGGUGCAUAAAGCCGGGAAAAUUGCGUCGCUCAUCGGAGUCGAGGGCGGACACGCCUUGGGAAAUUCGCUGGCUGUUUUGAGAACUUUUUACAAUCUAGGUGCUAGAUAUCUAACCAUAACGCACUCGUGCGACACCCCAUGGGCGACAGGGACCAACACGAAGACCCAGGAGGGCCUGUCCGACUUCGGCCGGAGCGUCAUCAAAGAGAUGAACCGCUUGGGGAUGAUAGUCGAUCUGUCGCACACGUCCAUCAACACUGCCAAGGCGGCGCUGAACGUUUCUCGAGCGCCCGUCAUCUUUUCGCAUUCGAGCGCCUUCUCGUUGUGCAACUCGUCGCGCAACGUGCCCGACGACGUGCUCAAACUGGUCGCCCACAACGGCGGCGUGAUCAUGGUCAACUUUUACACGCACCAUGUCACUUGCAACGACACUGCCACUAUUCAAGAUGUCAUUAAUCACAUCAACCACAUCCGGACCGUCGCUGGCAUAGAACACGUCGGCAUCGGCGCAGGGUACGAUGGAAUAAACAUGACGCCGAGCGGCUUGGAAGACGUGUCGAAGUAUCCGUACCUUUUGGCGGAGCUGCUGGCCGAUCCGUCGUGGACGGAGAAAGACGUGCUGUCGCUGGCCGGUUUGAACCUGCUGCGGGUGUUCGAGCAAGUGGAAGAGGUCCGCGACAAAUGGAAGAGGGCGGACGUGCUUCCGCUGGAGGACGCCGUGCCGCCCAUGCACAAUCCGUGCUCGUCUUUGUACUCUUGA